AUGGAGGAUCUGUCGCAGCUUGUGCAAGUCCCCUUCACCGCGGGCACCGUCAACAGAGGCUCAGACCUUGUCGGCGCAGGUUUGAUGGUGAAUGACUGGGUGGGUUUCUGCGGUAUGGAGACGACGGCGACGGAGCUGGCGGUGGUUGAGCGUAUAUUUAAGUUAACAAACGGGGAGCAGCAGCAGCUGUCUCUUAGAGAUGACCUGAAACUCAAAACUUCUCUUGUUGACUUUCUUAGUUAA